AUAAAUUCAUUUCGUCAAACUCAAUAUUGCAAGUGGAGCCUGGUGAGCGUGCAUUGUCCUUGUCUGUGAAACGAAACACGCGCCGCAACUAAAACCCACACAACAAGCACGGCUGUCAGUUUUUGCAGACGGCCAACAACAAUACUACCUGGAGAAAAAAUAUACCGACCGACCCGACUCUGCUGCUUGCACAAUUGCAAUUGAAAAAGGACGACAGCAAAAAUGGCAGAGGCAGUGGAUACGGAGGAUCGCACUGUCGGUCUGAAGCGUUUCUUUUGCCACAAGUGCAAUGUGGAGAUUAACAUUCCAAGCGGGGACUUCACCUGUCCCCUGUGCUCGAACGGUUUUGUUGAGGAGCUACCGGCAAACGCUCCUGAGAUGACGGCCGCAACAGAAGCCCCCUCAACCAGUUCACUUGCGGGCAGCAAUGACUCCAACGGUACAUUUAUCCUCGCGUCCAGCGAUUCGGAGUCCAAUGUGGAGUCUUUACGAAACGACAUUGUCUCGCUGUUGAACAUGCGUAAUGUGCCCAACUUGGAGAUCACGAUUGAACCAAAUCGUCGUCGGUCUGAUUCGCAAAACGUGGGGGGAUACAACGCCCUGACAGCGCCAUCCGGUGUCGGACUGACAGCCGGCGGACGUGUUCGUCCGCCCAAUCUGGAUCGCCUGGACAACGUCCUGUUUGACUUUCUGCAAAGCUUGCCCUUGGCCGGCGCCACUGCAGAGUUUGUUACUGCAUCCGGGGGCGGUGUGCCCGGCAACUCGCGCAUGUUUUUCAUGGGCAACCCGGGCGACUAUGCAUGGGGGCGCGAGGGAUUGGACACGAUUGUCACCCAGAUGCUCAACCAAAUGGAGACCUCAGGACCUCCGCCACUGUCGAGCAAUCGCAUCAAUGAAAUACCAAAUGUGCAGAUUACCUCUGAAGAGGUAGAGAAAAAGAUUCAGUGUUCGAUCUGCUGGGAUGACUUCAAAAUAGAUGAGACCGUUCGCAAGCUGCCGUGCUCCCAUCUGUACCACGAGAAUUGUAUAGUGCCAUGGCUAAAUCUGCACAGUACUUGUCCGAUCUGCCGCAAAUCCUUGGCGAAUGACGCCAGCGAUGUCGAUGCGGAACCACUAUCCAUGAUCGACGGAUGGCGGAUGGAUGACUCCCAAGCCAGCGGCUCAAACAUUAGAAGAGUAAUUGGCACUGGAACAGGAAACUCAACCUCAGCCAGCACCAUCGAUUCGCCCGAAAGUCCCUCUCCCAGUGAUCGCGCCCCGGCCGGCAACAAUGUAUUCACCUUUGAUGACGACAAUAUGUUUCUAGACUAGCUAAAAACACGAAAUGCAAACGGGAGGAAGUAUGCGGAUAUUGAUAUUCAAAAUUAGGCCAAAUCUAUGGCAUUGGCUCUAGAAGUGUAGCCCUUAAAACACAAUUAAACUAAUAUAUAUAUUUAUAAUAGAUUUCCUUCACGCUUAAUUUUGCUGUUAUUCAAAAUAACAAAGUUGUAAUAAACAACACGGAGCUAAAUUUCCGUGGAGGUCGAACGCCGGCUCUGCAAGAAAGAAA